AAGUGACUGGUGGUACAAACUUAUUGACAUUGAUCAGGCCGGCAUGACGUCACUUCCAUUGCAACAGAUAUUGCAAAUAUUGAGGAGGUGAAAGCAGAACCUAGCAACUCUUAGCUAUUAAACCAGCAAUGUGGGCUAUGAUGUUCUUUCAAAUAAAACAGAUCAAGAUACUUUGCCCAUUUAGUUGAUUUUAUUAUCUGCAGUGAGCAGCAGUCCCUAUGGUAAAGAAAAUGGAAUCUAUCUUGUGGAUACCUGUGGCAUUUGCGGCGUCAGCAGCUUGGUUAUAUAUACUCUCAAUAAAUCUGCCAGAACACACAGGAUCUCAAAGAUCAGCACUGAAGUUUCCAAGGAAUUUUGAUGAUCUUACAGCACUGGCUAGUCUAUUACAGGAGUAUAAAUCAGAUAACUUGCAAUAUGUCAUGUUACUCUUCUGUAGUGCCUAUCUGUUUAAACAGACAUUUGCAAUCCCAGGCUCCUUUUUUAUGAAUGUAUUAGGAGGAGCAUUAUUUGGGACAUGGAGAGCAUUUCUUAUGGCAUGUGUGUUAACUGCAUCAGGCGCCACCUUUUGCUAUCUUUUGUCUUGGUGUUUUGGGAAGUCCUACAUUGAAAAAUUCUUCCCAGAUAAAGUGCAGUUUAUGCAGAAAAAGGUCACAGACAAUAUGGACAGUUUAUUUUUCUUCCUGCUAUUUCUGAGAUUGUUUCCAAUGUCGCCAAACUGGUUCCUGAAUAUGGUAUCACCAGUUCUAGAUGUUCCUAUACAUAUGUUUUUCUUAUCAGUAUUUAUAGGUUUGAUGCCAUACAACUUCAUCUGUGUUCAGACAGGCAGUAUGCUCUUCGAGAUUACCUCUCUUGACAGAAUCUUCACAAAGGAAAUUACAUUGAAAAUGUUUGGCAUUGCUAUGGUAGCACUGUUACCUGGACUACUGAUCAAUAAAUUCAAAGAAGGCAGAUUGAAGACAGAAUAAGCACUGGACUGUUUAUACAGCUUUUCUUUGUCACCCCAAAAAAUUGAUGUACUUCUGUCUGUUUGAUAUUCUUUGUAUGUUUAUUGUCUAUCAUCCACAAUUCAUCUUCUAAACCACCAAGCUAUGUUUAUUGUAUAUCAUCCACAAUUCAUCUUCUAAACCAUCAAGCUAUGUUUAUUGUAUAUCAUCCACAAUCCCCUGAACCACCAAGCCAUUUUCAAGCAAACUUCUAAGGACUGUUCCUCGGGUGACUCUCUUUCAUAUUCCUUUGAAUCUUAGUCUGUAAGGUUUGCAGAAUUCUGAAUGCCAAAGCAACUGAAACUGAAAGGAAAAACUUACAAAUUUUCUCCCUGGAAACAGCUCUUCCAGUUUCAAAAUAAUUCUCUGAAAUCUUUCUUGGGUGACCCUCUAACAAAUGCAACACUGGCCAUAGCUUUAUCAGAUCAGGUGGUUCCAACAUUGUACAAGUGGUUAAAUUUAUGCUGAACAAGUGGAAGAAAUGACACAAAUCUUGUAAGUAUGACUGAUUGGACUUAAGUUUCUACCCUCCACACUAAAUAAAAUGAAAAUGAUUGGUGCACCUGGAGCAUGAGUCCAUUUCUUACAACCUAUGUUCAUAUAGCUGAGAUCUGGGUCAUUUUCUCAAACGCCUCUGUAUAGUCCAAGGGGAGAAGGAGAUUUUGUCAAUUUCUUGAGAGUACUCCCAUGAUGUAUAGUGCUUAAUAUGUGUAUGUCAAAAUGUAUUUGACCUAGAGUUAUAAAACAUUAGAGGAUUGUUUUUAGCUCACCUGUCACAAAAUGACAAGGUGAGCUUUUGUGAUCGCGCGUCGUCCGUCGUCCGUCCGUCAGUCAGUCCGUGCGUCUGUAAACUUUUGCUUGUGACCACUCUAGAGGUCACAUUUUUUGUGGGAUCUUUAUGAAAGUUAGUCAGAAUGUUCAUCUUGAUGAUAUCUAGGUCAAGUUUGAAACUGGGUUACGUGCCAUCAAAAACUAGGUCAGUAGGUCUAAAAAUAGAAAAACCUUGACUUCUCUAGAGGCCAUAUAUUUCACAAGAUCUUCCUGAAAAUUGGUCAGAAUGUUCAACUUGAUGAUAUCUAGGUCAAGUUCGAAACUGGGUCACGUGGCUUUAAAAACUAGGUCAGUAGGUCUAAAAAUAGAAAAACCUUGUGACCUCUCUAGAGGCCAUAUAUUUCACAAGAUCUUCAUGAAAAUUGGUCAGAACGUUCACCUUGAUGAUAUCUAGGUCAAGUUCAAAACUGGGUCAUGUGCCUUCAAAAACUAGGUCAGUAGGUCAAAUAAUAGAAAAACCUUGUGACCUCUCUAAAGGCCAUAUUUUUCAUGGGAUCUGUAUGAAAGUUGGUCUGAAUAUUCAUCUUGAUGAUAUCUAGGUCAAGUUCGAAACUGGGUCACGUGGCCUCAAAAACUAGGUCAGUAGGUCUAAAAAUAGAAAAACCUUGUGACCUCUCUAGAGGCCAUAUAUUUCAUGAGAUCUUCAUGAAAAUUGGUCAGAAUGUUCACCUUGAUUUUAUCUAGGUCAGGUUCGAAAGUGGGUCACGUGCCAUCAAAAAUUAGGUCAGUAGGUCAAAUAAUAGAAAAACCUUGUGACCUCUCUAAAGGCCAUAUUUUUCAUGGGAUCUGUAUGACAGUUGGUCUGAAUGUUCAUCUUGAUGAUAUCUAGGUCAAGUUCGAAACAGGGUCAUGUGCGAUCAAAAACUAGGUCAGUAGGUCUAAAAAUAGAAAAACCUUGUGACCUCUCUUGAGGCCAUACUUGUGAAUGGACCUCCAUAAAAAUUUGUCAGAAUGUUCACCUUGAUGAUAUCUAGGUCAAGUUUGAAAGUGGGUUACGUGCCGUCUAAAAGUAGGUCAGUAGGUCAAAUAAUGAAAAAACGUUGUGACCUCUCUAGAGGCCAUAUUUUUCAUGGGAUCUGUAUAAAAGUCGGUCUGAAUGUUGAUCUUGAUGAUAUAUAGGUCAGUUUGAAACUGGGUCAACUGCGAUAAAAAACUAGGUCAGUAGGUCUUGAAAUAGAAAAACCUUGUGACCUCUCUAGAGGCCAUACCCUUGAAUGGAUCUUCAUGAAAAUUAGUCAGAAUGUUCACCUUGAUGAUAUCUAGGUCAAGUUUGAAAUGGGUCACGUGCCUUAAAAAACUAGGUCAGUAGGUCAAAUAAUAGAAAAACCUUGUGACCUCUCUAGAGGCCAUACUUUUCAUAGGAUCUGUAUGAAAGUUGGUCUGAAUGUUCAUCUUGAUGAUAUCUAGGUCAAGUUUGAAAUUGGGUCAACUGCUUCAAAAACUAGGUCAGUAGGUCUAAAAUUAGAAAAAUCUUUUUACCUUUCUAGAGGCCAUAUUUUUCAAUGGAUCUUCAUAAAAAUUGAUCUGAAUGUUCACCUUGAUGAUAUCUAGGUCAGUUUAGAAACUGGGUCAAGUGCAGUUAAAAACUAGGCCAGUAGGUAUAAAAAUAGAAAAACCUUGUGACCUCUCUAGAGGCCAUAUUUUUCAUGAGAUCUUCAUGAAAAUUAGUGAGAAUGUUCACCUUGAUGAUAUGUAGGUAAAAUUCAAAACAGGGUCACGUACCUUUGAAAACUAGGUCAAUAGGUCAAAUAAUAGAAAAACCUUGUGACCUCUCUAGAGACCAUAUUUUUCAAUGGAUCUUCAUGAAAAUUGGUCAGCAUUUUUAUCUUGAUAAUAUCUAGGUCAAGUUCAAAACUGGGUCACAUGAGCUCAAAAACUAGGUCAUUAUGUCAAAUAAUAGAAAAAACGAUGUCAUACUCAAAACUAGGUCAUGUGGGAAGAGGUGAGCGAUUCAGGACCAUCAUGGUCCUCUUGUAUAGCUUAUUAAGUUUUGCACUCGGUGUUCUCUUUGGGAUUUUACUCAGCUAGGCCAGAGUUAUGGUCCUUCACUAAGUGAAAAAUACACAAAGUUUUUACAAGUUUGUGUUGCAGACAUCUAAAAAAUCGUUUAACCUUUAGUCAUAAGACCAUGUACAGUUACAGGAGUGGGGGGCACCUGCCCCCCAUCCCUCCCAUCCCAACCUGAUUAUUUUGUUACCGCAACCCCCAGUUCAAAAAAGAAGAAAAAACGAACCAGUUCUUCUUUUCUCUCCUCUCCUGGUUAUUUUUUCACCCUUAGAUUUUGUACACAAACAAAACAGCACGAAAAUAUGGUAGCUGUAACAGUCUCAUCAGAGAGACUAAUCAACAAAAAUGAUGAACUAAAGGCAACAUGUUAACACUAAAAAUACUAAUAGGGAAAAAACUAACUAGUCAGUUUCUUCCCCCUUCACCGUCAACUAUUCAGACAUUUAGAUACAUACAUACCAGGGGGGAAAGAUUUUGAACCAAUGGUGUUUCAUUUGAUUUGAUGUAUAACAGGUACAAACUGCCAAAAGUCUUACUUUAUGAGACCAGAAAUGUGUCAUUUUGUCAACUUAUUAUGCAUAAAAAUUGUUGAAACCACAAGAUCUGAUAAAGCUAUGGACAGUCUGAAAUGCCUUCAGAUCAUUUUACUAUGUUAAAAAACAUGGUCAUCAGGGGGCUGUGCAUUUUUCUUUAAAGCUAUAUUAGAAACUUUCUGUUGGUCUGACAUGUUUUUAUGCCCCCGAUUGGAAGGCAUAUAGUUUUUGAACCGUCUGUCGGUCCGUCUGUCCGCAAUUUUCGAGUCCGGUCCAUAUCUUUGUCAUCAAUGGAUGGAUUUUCAAAUAACUUGGCAUGAAUGUGUACCACAGUGAGACGACUUGUCACUCGCAAGACCCAGGUCCCUAGCUCAAAGGUCAAGGUCACACUUAGACGUUAAAGGAUAGUGCAUUGAUGGGCAUGUCUGGUCCAUAUCUUUAUCAUCGAUAGAUAUAUUUUCAAAUCACUUGGCAUGAAUGUGUACCACAGUAAGACAACGUGUCGUGCGCAAGACCCAGGUCCGUAGCUCAAAGGUCAAGGUCACACUUAGACAUUCAUUAAAGGAUAGUGCAUUGAUGGGCGUGUCCGGUCCAUAUCUUUGUCAUCCAUGGAUGGAUUUUCAAAUAACUUGGCAUGAAUGUGUACCACAGUAAGACGACGUGUUGCACGCAAGACCCAGGUCUGUAGCUCAAAGGUCAAGGUCACACUUAGACGUUAAAGGAUAGUGCAUUGAUGGGCGAGUCCGGUCCAUAUCUUUGUCAUUCAUGUAUGGAUUUUAAAAUAACUACGCAUGAAUGUGUGGCACAGUAAGACGAUGUGUCGCGCACAAGACCCAGCAUCAGCCAUAACUAUUCAUUCAAAGUGCCAUCGGGGGCAUGUGUCAUCCUAUGGAGACAGCUCUUGUUUUGCAUUGAAAUUUUGCAUAAAGAAUGAUCAAUUAUACAGAAAAUGGUGGUUGUAAAGCAGUAUAUAUAAUAGCUGUUAAGGAAUGACAUGAUAUAUACAAGAAAAAUUGAUCAAAGAAUUAAGUGAUAACUGAAAUUACUAAGCUAUAUUUAAAAUAUAUAGAAAACAGAAGUUAUGUUUAUAAACCUCCACCCUCCACACAAAAUUGUAUUGAUAGCUUUGAGACAAUAAUGGAAACUAAUAUUACCACUUGUCACUGAAAUAUUUAAUUUUAGCGAGAAGAUUUUAAGAGCAAUUCAAAACUGCAAAAAAUCAUAAGGACAAAAGCAUGUGGUUGGUAGUUAUUGUCCUAUCUUGAUGUUACCAAAACUGUCCAAAAUACUUAAAGGGCAUUUCAGGCAGUUGUUACUGCCCAACCUAUUAUGCAGUGGCUGGUCCAUUACCUCUUGAAAUAUUUUCAGAAAGUAUCUAACACUUCAUGCUAAUGGAAAUAAAGUACGUUGUAGAUGUGUAUGGCACGCCAAUUGUCCAGUUGUUGUGUGUGUUGUUGUGUGAACCUAGCUUCACGGUCGAAAAACUAGGAUUAACGAUCGAUAAACCAGGUUUUUCGAAUGUAAAACCAGGUUUUUUGAAUACAACCCUAUAUUUUCAAAACAUAGGAUAACACCGUAAACCAUAGUUCACGCUCAUUCACAGUUGUAAACAUAGGUUCACGUUCAUAAACUAUAGUUAACGAGUGUGAACUGGGGUUCACAAGUGUAAACAUAGGAUAACCACUGUAAACAUAGGAUAACCACCGAAAUUCAUAGUUAAAUCGAGAAACCUAGUUUAUCAAACGUAAACCAUGGUUUACGGUUGAUAUAUUAGGAUUAUAAAAUCAACUAUGAAUUUCGGGUGUGAACAUGGGUUUACGGCCAUGAACCUAUGUUUAUGAGCAUGAACCUACAUUUACGAACAUGAACCCAUGUUUACGACCAUGAGCCUAGGUUUAUGACCAUGAACCGUAGUUUACGGACGUGACAUGUAUGGCUAUUGCCCCUUAAUUACGUGAACCCAGGUUCAAGGUAAAAAACUAGGAUUAUCCAUUGAUACUAACUAGAUUUUUCAAAAGUAAAAGCAUGUUAACCUAUUCUUUUGAGCGAAAAGAUAGGAUAACGUCGUAAACCAUAGUUCACGCUCGUAAACAUAGGUUCACAUUCGUAAACCCAAGUUAAAGGUCGUAAACAGAAGUUCACGUUCGUAAACUAUGGUUCACACUCGUGAACUCCGGUUCAUGCUAGUGAACUCUGGUUCAUGCUUGUGAACUCUGGUUCACGCUCUAAAACUAUGGUUCACACUCGUGAACCCCAGUUCAUGCUCGUUAACAUAAGAUAACGGCCGUAAUUCAUAGUUCAAUCGAGAAACCUAGUUUAUCGAACGUUAAACCAUGGUUUACGAUUGAUAUACUAGGAUUAUACAAGCCAGAACCUAGGUUUACGUUCGAUAAACUAGGUUUUCGAACAAAACUAUGAUUUUCAGUCGUAAACAUUGGUUCACGUUUGUAAACAUAAGUUCACGCUCUAAAACUUAGGAUAAUGACCGGAAUUUAUAAUUCAAUCGAGAAACCUAGCUUAUUAAACAUAAACAUGGGUUCAAGAGCGUAAACUAUGGUUUAACUCUGUUAUCCUCUGUUUUUGCUCGAAAAUUUUUCGACCAAGAAUGUAAGUAUUGGAUAUUUGGCAUGCCGUGAACCAUAGUUGAUGGACGUGAACCUAUGUUUACAAGCAUAAACCUAUGUUUAUGACUGUGAACUUGGGUUUACAAUCGUGAACCUAGGUUUACGUCCGAUAAGUUAGUUUUCCCGAACAUAACUAUGAUUUUCGGUCGUUAUCCUAUGUUCACAAGCGUGAACCUAUAUUUACGGAUGUAAACCCAUGUUCACAGCCGUAAACCCAAGUUCAAGGUCGUUAACAUAGGUUCAUAAAAUAUAGGAUCACGCUCGUGAACUAAGGAUAACGAAAUUUAUAGUUCAAUCGAGAAACCUUGUUUAUCGAACGUAAACCUGGGUUCACGAGCGUAAACUAUGGUCUACACCCGUUAUCAUAUGUUUUCGUUCGAAAAUAUAGGUUAGUAUUCGAAAAAAUCUGGUUUUACGUUCGAAAAACCUAGUUUAUCGAUCGCUAAUCCUAGUUUUUCAAACGUGAACCUAGGUUCACGUAAUUAUUGGACAAUUGGGGUGCCAUAGAUGUGAACAUAUUUUAGUAAAUAGGGAAUUAGCCGGUUCUAUCUACAGGAAAGGGAAAUGCAGUGGAAAAGAGAUGUCUAUUUACAAAUAAGAUGACAUGUGAGAAAGUACAGAAAAUGUAGCCUCGGGUAGUGUAGCCACAAAUGAAGACAAUAAUUACAGUUAAAUUUUCAGUCACGUUUAAACAUGUAAUUUCUAGUCAUGUAGGAUAUAUAUCAUAUACUGCUGCAUGAAAUGUAUAUAUGUGUUGGCUGUUAGUCUGUUUAUUAUGUAAGUCCAGUUAAAGAACACAAAUUGAAGACAGUGAUGUGGUUUCUAGUUUAUUUUCAUUAAAUUAAUGUCUGCCAAUUCCAGUAUAUCAACAAAAUGGUUUCUUCAAAUGUGUUAGACAGCAGAUCCAGUCAAGAAUUUAGUUCCUAGUUAUGUUGAGACAUAUUGAUGAUUUCUGCAAUAUCCUUUUAUAGGAAAGGCUCAGAAACAUUUACUCCAACUGACAUGAAAAAAAUGUCAACUAAAGGAAAAAAAUAAAAUUAAUCGCUCGGCAAACAGAAGCCUAAAAGUCACUUAAGGUGAUAAAAACAAUCACUUACUCCAGCUUCAGACAUUGAUAAAAAGGGAAGUAGGAAUACCUGCUAAAGCUAUUUCCUGAUUAAAAUUUAGUGGUAUUAAAACAGAUUAUAGCUUCAAGGUGCCUUACACCUUUAUGCCUAAAUUAGUGUUUACACUAUGUACUUAUAUUGAUUAAAACCUUCUGACAAGCGGGCUUAUGCUUUUAAAGCGACUAAGCCACACAUCAUGAUGUGAGAUUUUAAAAAAUUAAACAUUUCCUAUAUUCACCUUAAUUAAAUAUGUUGCAUAUUGGAUGUUAUAAAAAUCUAUUUUCCAUCCUAUUCUGUUGAAAAUCAUUGUUUUCUUAAUAGAUUUGAAAUAAAAGCAAUUGUCUGCCAUUUUUGAUAGGGUGUCCAGGUGUAUUUGAUAGGGUGUCCAGGUGUAUAAAAAAACAACUGGAAUUCUGUUCAGCAUCACAUGACAAUGAGAGUAAUAAUCAAUAGAGCACAGACUUAGCUGGUACACAGUAACAAAAUGACAGUAAGAAUUCUGGGUAAAGAGAUUAGGUAUUUAACGGCAUCAUAGUAAGAUUCUCUACAAAAAAAUUCAAAUAGUGGUGAUUAGUCAGUUUUAGGAGCCACUAGAACUAAUACCGGUAAUACAUUAAAUUAAACAACAUCUUCUCCUGACCUGCUUGAUGGAUCUCCAUCAGACUUCAUCAUUAGCAUCAUUAUAAGGUCCUCUAACAAAUUUGUUAUCCCCCCGACAUAGUUGAAAGGAUUUUUAAAAAACCUGGUAGAAAUGUUAACUGGUACUGUAACAGUUCAAUGCGGCCCUGCAAGUUUCAUUUAGACAGGAUAAGAAGACAAGAUUUAUGGCCUUUUGCAGUUAUAUAUGCUAUAUAGUACAUAUGUAGUUUUUAUUCGAUUUUUGCCUUUUGCAGUUAUAUAUACUAUAUAAUACAUAUUUUUUGCCUUUUGCAGUUAUAUAUACUAUAUAAUACAUAUUUUUUGCCUUUUGCAGUUAUAUAUACUAUAUAGAACAUAUGUAGAGUUUUUAUUGAGUUUUUGUCCUUUCGUAAUCAUAUCUCAGAAUUGGCUUGUAGAAUUUCAAUAAAACAGUUAAUGUUAACUGGUAUAAAGAAAUGUGGCCCUGAAAGUUUCAGUUGGAUUGCUUGAGGAAGACAAGAUUUAUGGCACAUUGUACUUGUAUAAAUAAUAUAUAGAUAGUCUAUUUUCUGUCUGCCAGGAGUCAUAUCUCGGACAUGAUUAACUUGGUAGAAAUGUUACUGCAUAUGGAAAUGCGGCUCUGCAAGUAUCAAACAGAUUGCUUGGUGGAAACAAGAUUUAUAUAUAUUACUAGUGUUUUAUUCCAUUUUUGUCUGUCUGUAGUCAUAUAUCUGGUAAUAAUGUAACUUACUUUAAAAUGUAGUCUUGCAAGAUUCAGUGAAAUUGCUUCAGAAACAAAUCGGUUAUGGCCCUUAUAUAUAUAUAUAUAGUUCUUAUAUAAAAUUUACUAUACAGAGUAUUUUUAAACAUCUUUAAUGGCAUUUAAGGGUCCAUUUUUGCUAAUGGGAUAUUGUGACCAAGCUUAGUACAUACAUAACUUUCUUGGAAACUGAUGUACGGUAUGCGGUCUGUUCGCUGGAGUCGAGGUUAAGGUCAAUGUUACUAAAAGUAGAAUUUUUUAUCUGCUCAAUAACUUCACUAAGGAAUAGGAUAUCAAACUUGGAAUUUAGAAAGCUUGCAAUGAGGCUGUGAUAUUAGAUAUAUUUUGGAUAGCUUGGGUUAUGGUCAGGAUCAUUGUGAAUGGUUUUCUAUUAACAUCUUCAGGUAACUUUCAUAGACACCAAUGUUUUUGUUUCAUUUUGGAUAGGUUGGGUCGAGAUCAUUUAAUUAAAUAAAGAAAAAUGGAUUUUGAUUUAUUAUUUUGUAAGGAAUGACGGGGACAACUUUUUCAGAAUAUAUUAAGUAUCCGUCAUACGGGACAGUACAGCAGAACAUGUAAUGGUCAAGUAAAAUAUUGGUAAAGAUGUUGUUCGUUUAUCAAAUAUUUCUGUGUUUUGAUGAUAUACUCCUAAACCUUAAUAGCCCUUGGUAACCCCUCACCAUAACAAUCCUCAGAAAUCCAAUCGGGCUAAGAAAUUCCAUUCUGAGAUACUUACGCGAGAAAUUAAGUCUGAUAAGUCAUAAAACAUGGACUUUAAUUAGCAUGUUAUUUGGGUUGAUUUUGUCACAAAACCUGUCCUUUUUCAAUACCAAAUAAAGUACCUCAGAAAGCCCAGAAUGCACCAGAUGGAUCCAUUGUUUUCAAAAUUUUCCACCCCCCUAGUUGUGCCCCCCCCCCCCCCUCCCCCAAUGCCAAAUCCUGGAUCCGCCCCUGGUAAAUGCCAUUUUCAUACCAAAUAUAAGCUUUAUAUGUUUCAGAGUUGUGUUGCUGGAUAAAAUGAAAGUGAAAGUAAGUAUUUCCUGAUGUCUGCCUAGCGUUUUUAUCACGUGUCCAAGUCACAUGACUAAGGCCAUGUCUUUGGGUACAUUUAAAUUGCAUAUAGACAGACAAGUAGCGGAGACUUGAUACUUUCUAACCUUUAGCCCUUGUGCCUCUGUGUGCAAGGGAGCAAUCCAUUAAUGGACUCAGUCCUUCCAAGUUUAGCGGAUGCAGAAACAUCGUUUUAAGAAAAUAUGAAGGAACGAACUGAUGGUGGGAGGCCACAUUAGUUCACCAGGAGUACUAUGAAAGAUCAUUAUCCGCAUGCAUAUUUAAUCGAGAGUCAAUGCCGUUUAAUUUUAAACUACCGGUAAAUGCUAAAUAUCCAGCUGAUCGAAGCUACAGCAAAAAGAUUUGGACCACAUGUAAAAUGUUUGAUACAGAUUUCAAUACUCAUCUUGAAUAGUCUUAAUCAUGACCUACUGACCUACUUUUUCGUUUCUGAAGUUACAGUGUAGAAAUUUGGACCACCGGUAUAAUUUUUUAUACAGAUUUCAAUACUCAUCUUGAUGCUCUUACAGAAGCAUGCCUCUGUGGCGUACAUGCUGUGUAUUUGCUGUGUAUAUGCCGCGAACACAGUAGUACGCCAGAGGAGUACAUUUUAAAUACAGCGCAUGCCGCGUACAUGCCGCAUACUAUUUCGACAAGUACACAGCAUGUACGCAGGAGGUCACUAGUACACUUCAAGUACGCAGCACAGACUCUGAAAAUUUAAGGAGUACACUGCAUGUACGCAGGAGGGACUUGUACAAGAAAAUAGUACACUGCAUGUAUACCGCAGAUACUUUGAAAUUUGUGCAGUACACUUCAUAUAUGCGGGAAAGACUUGUACAAUUUCUUUUGGCAUUUAUAUUUAGGUUUUUUUUUAAAGUUAAAGUCUGAAGUAAACUUCAUCUACGCGGGAGGGACUUGUUAAUUUUCUUUUGGUGUUUAUACUUUGAAUUCUUUUAGGUAAAAGUCUGAAAUACACUUCAUGCAGGAAGGAUUUGUACAUUUUCUUUUUUUCUUUUUUUUGGAAGCAAGAACUUGAUUUCCGAGUAACUUUUAUCUUAAUAGCAUAGAAUAGUUCACAUUACCGGUAUACUGAACAAUGAAAAUUUGCCAAACUAUUUGCAAUAUUCAUUUGUGAAGCUUACAUCUUAGUGAUUUCUGAGCUGCACCUUUGCAUGCAGUGUAAAAAUAUAUUCUUUUUCAUUUUGAAUUAAUCCUGGAGCUUUCUAACUUGGAUAAUUGAAAAGCCUUAUUUGAACUUCGUUGCAUUACAUUUUGUAAUACAUGAAAUAAUUACCAAGAUAAUGCCUCAACAGUGCCCGAAUGAGAAGAAUUAAUAGCUCUCACUGUUAUUUGAAUACUCUUAAGCAAAACACCAUUCUAUCAUGUUUUAUAAAGGCUUUAAUGCUCAUUAUGUUAACUCAUUAAGGCCUCACCAAAUUAAAAAGUUGUUCAUCGGAUUUGCCGCUCGUAUAUUUUCAGAACGUUUUUGGCUAAUUGCGCUCGCCCCA